UCCCCAUCGUCACUGGGCAGCUGCCAGCAAACACCAACGCGAAGCCCAUCCAAGCUCAUCCAAGCUGUGCCAAUUUGCGAACUACUUCAAUAAAUCACACAGCGUUUGCCCAUUAAGUUGAAUCAUUGAUCGCAGUUCUCUUGCUACCGGGGUUUGUUACCCCUUUCUGAAUUCCUUCGCAAUGGCCCGCGAUAUUCGGCAGCGGGCGCUGGAGAAGAUUGCGUCUCUAUCUGCCGCCAGCCCGCGAACGUCCUUUGAUCGUUCCGACCUUGACCGACUGUGCAAGGCUACCCAGACCGCUGGGAAGGGCGUCAACGGCCAUUCGGCCAAGCAGCCGUCUUCGUCUCUCGGGAGAUGUCCCAUGACAAUCCGUGAAUUUGAGGUGCUGCUGUCGCUAUGUAAAGCCGCGCCCGCCAUACAGACGAGCCAGAGCGCGCAGAAGCUCGCACACCAGCUGAUUCCCUACAUCCUUGAGGCGCACGUUCAGGUCUUCGUCCCCUCGCCCUUCUUCAGAAAGGUCGAGCCGUCGCCCACUGAGGCAUUGGCAUUUCACGUCACGGCCGCUCUGCUUUCCCUCGGCUCCCACUACGACGACCUGCACGAGAUCGUCUCGGACAAUAUAUGGGCUUUCGUCAACGCCUGCAACCAUGCGGCGGACCAUACGGUCCCUCCUCAGGCGGACGACGAGGACCCGAACCUCGAGGACGCCAUUCGGACGGCCACAAUUGCUGUCUCUUUGCUUGGCUUUCUUGAUGCGGCCUCGGCGCAGGUGGACUUUUGGAGAGCUGGGGGCCGGUUGGCUUUGGUGCAGCGGUUCAGAGAUAUCCUCUCGGAGCCGUUCUUGGUCGCCGUGGAGACUGCCUUCUCUACCAUCAGGAACUCACAAUCCUCAGAUCGCCAUGCUCGAGAGUGGAAGAGAUACCUACGCCACUACUCGGCUGCUGGGCGACCCCUAGGAGCAAUUCUUCUGCAGAGGAGCUACAUGUGGCUGCUUGUUGCUGGGACGUCGCUAUUGGUGACCGACGCGUCGCUUUUGCGCGGGAUUCACAUCCUCGACCUGCUCAUGUCGGAGGAGGGAGCUUUCAGGCCAGGUUCUCCGCGCAGCCCUGAUGCUGACUAUCGGUCCCUCGACAUGUACACCACGGUGGCUGUUGACCAGAUGAACUACCUUGAGGCUGGCGAGGAUUACCUCAAGCUUGGGUCUGCGUGGCAGCAGAGACUGGCCUUUGCUGUCAAAUCGGCGGCGCUUAUCAGUUACCUCAACUGUUCGCUUAUGAAUGAGGAUGUGGCAGACAUUGAUGUCCUCGUGAACUGGCUAGAGGAGACCCUUGCGGAUCCUCUCCAAAUGGCAGACGAGAACCUGGCGGCAACUGUCCUGAGGUCGAUUGCGUUGGUUUGCAAGAUCUCUAGAGGAUACGCCGCAACCGCCAGCCGUCUCUUGCCUCGUUUCAUUGUCCAAAGCGCACCGAACGCUCGUGUUGUUGCGGUUGCGUCCAAAAGUCUCGCGUACGUGUUGCAGAUGCUCUCUCACGAUGCCGUCAUCACUACUCUUUACACGCUCGGCAAUGUUCUCAGCCCGGGUUCCGAUAGAUCCAUGACGAACGGCACCAACGGCGAUCUCGGCGUUGACGGCGCUCACACUCUGUACCCCAACCGCCACUCCACUGGCAGUAGCAUCUCCUUGGCAAUCACUGGCGAGGAAGAGACGGCCAUAGUGUACGGCAAUGUAGUCCAGGCCAUCUGUGGCAUUGCGACAGCUUGCAACGACGAGAAGAUCACUGCUUUGGCACAGUCCAUGCUGCUGCAAAAGAUCGACAAGGUCAACAACAGCGUUGACGCUCAAAUCAUCAGUGGCACCGCAGCCCUUGCCUUGAAGGGCGGACAACUUGAGUUCCGAUCGCUAUUGAAGGUUUUUUCCAGAAUUUGCCAUCUCGGUGUUGUUAGCCACAAGGACUUCCUUCUGGUCGCUGUGAUGAAGGCACGAACGCACAUCUCGGCAAACCUCCACCGCGGAUCGGCCCUAUACGACAUCUACUGGGAGCAUCUGCUGGAGAGCAUCAUCUCCAUGGGUGAUGUCCAUCAAUCGAACCACACCAAGGAGGCAGACGUCCAGCUGGCCGCACGAGAAAUCGCCGAGCUGCUGCACCCCUUGGCUGUCUUCAUGUCCACCAACGACCUGGCGCUCACCUCGGUAACUGACGAUGAGUCGCACUCCAUGAUAAGGGACGCCUGGUUCAACGUUGUUGUUCAUGGAUUUACCACGCAGACUGACAUGGGCAAGAGAUACCUCGACGAGCUUCGGGUCAUGGCCGUACAUUCUCCUCCCUUGGUUGCAGACCAGCGAGGAGAGCAGAUUGAGAGCGAUAUCGAGCUGAAUACUGUCUUGCGUCGAGGCAUGAGCUCCGACCGAGAGUCGAUGCAAAAGAGACAUUUGGCCGAGUUGAUUCCCAGCAAAGCGACGGAGAUCAAGGGCCUGAGCUACCGCAAGAUCAUCUUUCUACACGCUGCUUACUUAGUCGAGAGCCUGCGCGCCGAUGCUGGCGACUGCACUAAGGCUCUCUCCUAUUUCUUAGAGCCCAGCAUGCGUAGAGGGGAAGUUAGCAGCACUAUGGAAGGCAUUUCCGCCGCCGUGGUUGACAAGUAUUUGGGCAAAACCUUGGGCGGCCUGGACGCCACUUUCUCUGCACAAUACGCCGCCAGUCAGCUCGUCGCCAUCUUCUGCGGCUGCUGUCACCGGAUCGAGCGAGUCCAGCAAGCUGCCUUUACCUGUGCUGACCGUAUUAUUAGCCAGGUUCCUUCUGCUCUGUGCCACCGGUCCUCGCUUUUUGCUUUGUUGGAGUUACUGUCUCUGAUGUGGUCGAGCUGCCUGGAAGCAGAGACAGAUCUCUAUGCCCCGCGAUCGAAGUUCACUUCUAGCCUAGGAGGUGUGUCUGUCGAACUCUCAGACGAUUACAACUUCCGCCGUCAUACCUUGGAGGUUCUCAACCGCAGAGCCAAGCAAUGGGUCUCCAGCGUGAUCAGCCUGGCCCCGCUGGACAUCAAGGGCCUCUUACAGACGUAUCUGUCCGAGUUCGACGACGAAGGAGCAUACGGACAUAUCUCCCUGGGCCGUUCUUUUGCCAUCGAGCUUGGCUCCCUCAUACCCUCCACCGACCAGAGACUGCAGUCUCUUGACCGCGUUGGAGAUUGCAACAUAAACACCGGCUCCGACUUUGUUGCUCAGUACACGACUCGUCAAGAGUACCGAUACGGCGAGACCCUGCCCGAACGUGGUAACGAACUGGUGAACUUCAUGCAGCUGAAUCGUAGAGCUUCAUUCCUGCAUUCAUCAGUCUCGACGGCCAGCGACAGCGCCAAUGCGGCCACUGCUCUCGCACAUGUCGAGGCCCGCAUCAAGAGCAAGAAGAUGACCGCCCUCAACGAGGUCCGCGAGAUUCUUCGCCGAGCAGCGGCCCUGCUGUGUCGCAGCGAUCGCGACGAGUCUGCUGUUGCACACUACCUUGUCAGCAUUCCAUUCGCCAUGUUUACGAAGCAGUCAAUCAAGCUGGGCGUCUCCCUAUGGUUGGGUGUGAUGAACGAGAACCCACGUCUGGAACCAAGGCUUCUUAUCGAGAUUGCUCAACAGUGGGAGGUGACAAUCCAGGGGCGCCUUGGGCUUUUCAGCCAUGCCAUGUCACACCCCGAUCCCUUCUUUCUCAAGGAAGAGUUUGCGCCUAGUGACCUCGAGGCUUUGGCCAAGCGCAAGCAGCAAGUACACAAUCUGCUGUCGCCACAUAUGCGACUGCUGCAAUUUUUUGCAAGCCACUUCAAUGCCACACGUUUGGGCAGCCCGGAUGUCCAGCGAAUCUUCCUCCGUAUGCUCGAUGUCACCCUGGAUGCGGUGCGAUCAUCGACGCCGCACCCGAUGGCACGAGAAUUACGUUUUCAGAUCGUUCUGUUCGGCCUGAAGGUGUUGCAUGUCUGUACGACCAUUGGCGCCAUCGCGCAAUGGCGAUUCAAGGAGAAGAUCCUGUCGGCUGCGCUCAGCUGGUUUCGAUUCGCUCCAAGUUGGUCUUUUGGAAGUAAUAUUCUGCAGCUCAAGACGGAAAUUCGUCUCCUGACCGACAUCGUGACCGCCUUGAAGAACGUUGCGUUCAUUGGGGCCAACGCCGCGGACACCAUCAAGUCCCUGCAGGCCAAGGAGCACCUACUUGUUCUACUCUUGGAGAGCGAGCAGACACGUCUGUCGGUGUGGGUUCACCCGCUCGGCGAGUCGAUCAAGCCCCAUGGACAAUCUACCAAGGCAUCUAUUGAGGCCGCUCUCGCCCCUCUCAUCAGGGUCGCGUGGGCCGAAGACCCGUCCAUUGCAAUUGAGCUCGUUACACGUUUCCCCUAUCCUCGGGUUCAGCGAGAGGUGAGAUGGCUGUUGAUCAACUUCCCACAAAAGGCCAUUUCGGAGCCCGAGGGCCUGCCCGUCCUUCUGGGCGGCUCCUUGCCCAACGACGUCAGCUUCCAGUUGAAGUACCUGCUCUUCUGGUCGCCUGUGAACCCCAUCACCGCCGUCACGUACUUCUUGCCCGCCUACCGGAACCAUCCCUUCCUGAUCCAGUACGCUAUGAGGGCAUUGGAGAGCCACUCCAGCGAUGUUACCUUCUUUUAUGUACCGCAAAUUGUACAGACGCUGCGGUACGACGCGUUGGGCUACGUGGAGCGGUACAUCCUGGAGACAGCUCAGUUCUCGCAGCUGUUUGCCCAUCAAAUCAUUUGGAACAUGAAGGCAAAUGCCUACAAGGACGACGACGCGACCAUCCCCGACGCCAUCAAACCCACGCUUGACAAGGUCAUGGAGAAGAUGAUUGCAAGCUUUACUGAUGUGGACAGGACCUUUUACGAGCGCGAGUUUGCCUUUUUCGACGAGGUCACAGACAUAUCGGGCAAGUUGAAGCCAUAUGUCGGCCGGCCCAAGCCGGAAAAGGCGCAAAAGAUCGAGGAAGAGCUGCGCAAAAUCAAGGUCGAGGUUGGCGUCUACCUGCCGAGUAACCCCGACGGUGUGGUUAUCGGCAUCGACCGCAAAUCCGGCAAGCCUCUGCAGAGCCACGCCAAGGCACCCUACCUCGCGACGUUCCGCAUCAAGAAGAACAAGGGCAGCCUCGAGGACGUCAACGACAUGUUGGAAGAUGUGCACAAGAAGGAUUCGCCGCCAAUGCCAGAGAACACCAUUGAGGUGUGGCAAUCGGCCAUUUUCAAAGUCGGCGAUGACUGCAGACAGGACGUGCUUGCUCUGCAGAUGAUUGCCGCCUUCCGAGGCAUCUUCCAUAACGUUGGCCUGGACGUCUACGUCAACCCGUACCGCGUCACCGCCACGGCCCCCGGGUGCGGCGUCAUCGAUGUUCUGCCCAACUCGGUCUCUCGAGAUAUGCUCGGCCGCGAGGCCGUUAAUGGCCUCUACGAUUAUUUCAUCUCCAAGUACGGCAACGAAGACUCGCUUCGCUUCCAGCAAGCGCGCAGUAAUUUCGUCAAGAGCAUGGCGGCCUAUUCCAUUAUCUCGUUCUUGUUGCAGUUCAAGGAUCGCCACAACGGCAACAUCAUGAUUGACGACGCGGGCCACAUUUUGCACAUUGACUUUGGCUUCUGCUUCGAUAUCGCGCCGGGCGGCAUCAAGUUCGAGCGCGCGCCGUUCAAGCUGACGACGGAAAUGCUGGCGGUCAUGGGCGGUAACCCGCACCACCAGGCCUUCAAAUGGUUCGAGGAGCUUUGCGUCAAGGCGUUCCUUGCGUCGCGGCAGCACUGUGAGAAGCUCAGCCAGAUAGUACUUCUCAUGAUGGACUCGGGCCUGCCGUGCUUUAAGCCCGAGAGCGUGCAGCACUUUAAGGAGCGCUUUGUGCUGGAGCGUAGCGAGCGCGAAGCGGCCGACUUUGUCAAGGAUCUCAUCCGCAGGAGCGCCAACAGCUACUCGACGGGCGUGUACGACCAAUUUCAGCUCCUCACUAAUGGCAUUCCCUACUGAUCCGGGAUUUUCGGGAGAUGAGUGUUUUCUGUUCUUUUUGGUACAUUUUGCACAAGCCCCUUCUUUCAGCCUUGGAAUAUUGGGACGGUUUUCUCUCUCUCUCUCUCUCUCCAUCUUUCUUUUCUCGUCGGUUUCUUCCGCUGCUUCCACUCGCUCGUCAAGCUUCGACCACUGGUUCUUAGCCUUUUGACUCGUUGCGCUGUUUUGGAAACCGCGUCACACCAUUGACGACCCUGCCAAAGCAAACUUGUCUCGAGGGCUCCCGUCGACAGAUUCAUCGACAGUAUAAUAGUAAUACAAUAUAACAUCCCU